AAACAGUCAUAGUCCUCCUCCUCCAUCUAAAUCUCCGAAGUUGCUUGCUGAUCAGAAUAUUAGCAACAAUGUCAGUUCUAGCCAAGACAGACUCAGAGGUAAGCAGCCUGAGCCAGUCCUCGCCGGGACGGUCCCCCCGCAGGCCGGUCUACUACGUGCAGAGUCCUUCAAGGGACUCCCACGAUGGCGAGAAGACGACCAACUCGUUCCACUCCACUCCAGUGCUCAGCCCCAUGGGCUCCCCUCCACACUCCCACUCCAACUCUUCUCUCGGCCCCCACUCCCGGGAGUCCUCCUCCACUCGCUUCUCCGCCUCCUUCAAGCCCGGCUCCCGCAAGAACAACGGCUCCCAGAGGAAGGGUUGGAAGCCCCGGAAGGAUCAGUUUGAUGCCAUUGAAGAAGAAGGCCUUCUCAACGACGAGGAUGGGAGACAUGGCCUGACCACUCGUCGCUGCUAUUUACUUGCUUUCCUUGUUGGCUUCUUUGUGCUUUUCUCUUCCUUUUCUUUGAUUCUCUGGGGUGCAAGUCGUCCCCAGAAACCCAUCAUCACUAUGAAGAGCAUGUUAUUUGAUCAGUUUGUAAUUCAAGCGGGUGAGGAUUUCUCAGGAGUUGCAACUAACAUGGUGUCCAUGAAUUCCACAGUGACGCUCACAUUUCGUAACACUGCAACAUUUUUCGGGGUCCAUGUGACAUCAAUUCCUUUAGAUCUCUACUAUUCUCAACUCAUUGUAGCCUCUGGAACCAUAAGUAAGUUUUAUCAAUCACGAAAGAGCCAGAGAUCAAUAACAGUCAUGCUGAAGGGAAGCAGUAUCCCAUUGUAUGGAGGGGGAGCUAGCUUGGGCAGUUUGAAUGGCGCACCAAUUGAGCAAGUGCCACUGACACUUAACUUCAUGGUUCGGUCGAAAGCCUAUGUUUUGGGUAAACUGGUGAAGCCCAGGUUCUACAGGAGGGUUGAGUGUUCGGUGGUUAUGGAUCCCAAACAGAUGAAUAUGGCCAUUUCUCUCAAGAACAAGUGCACUUACAAGUGAUGAACAUAAUAGUUGUUGAUUAUGGAUUAAGAAUAU